AUGUUGCCAGUGUCAGUUCCCAGUCCUCCGUCCAAGUCGCCCAUUACUGCUUCCCGUUGCUGCUUCCCGUUGCUGCUUCCCGUUGCUUGUCUUCAAUCUCGGCUCUUCCCUCUCUGCUCCUCCCUCCGUGCUCCUCCCUCUCUGCUCUUCCUUCUCUGCUCUUCGUCCUCAGUCCCUGGUCUCAGUCCCUGGUCUCAGUCCCUGGUCUCGUCCUCCCUCCUGCCUCGAUGCCAGCCUUGCGCGGACCGUGUGCCCCCCAGACUGCCUCGACUGACGUCUAACGGCCUUGCCCUCGCCGAAGCCCGCACCACCCACGCCUGCGCCCACACCUGCGCCCUCGACACCCUUUGCCCUCGACGGCGCUCACUCGCUGCACCCCAGUCCCCUCUCGCAGCCAUCGGCCGUCUCGCAGCCCUCGGCCCUCUCUCUCCUGUCUGCCUCCGCCCCGCGGCCAUGCUGAAGCCUGACACGCCUGCCCGUGACGCCAAACCGCUCGACGCCGACACCGCUGCCCCCGCCUCUCCCCUGGCCCGCGUCAUGCGCGAGUUCGAGCAGCUCGUCCUGGACUUUGAGCGCGGCCUGCAGCGCUCGCUCGCCGACCCCUGCCCCGCCCCCCUCGCGCCUGCCUACGACGCCCACGACGCCCACGACAUCCGCCGCGAGGCCUGCCGCCUGGCCAUCUCGGACCUCAGCGACACGUACGCCCGCAAACACAUCCGCUGCUCGCUGCACGCUGCUGAGGCCGAGGGCAAGCGCGUCGAGGAGCAGCUGCACCAACGCGACCGCCAACGCAACCGCGACCGCGCCCUCGCCCUCGACACCGCCGACGACGCCCUCGGCAUCCACCACGGCUACUUCCGCCUUUACUCGACCGAGCUGUUCGACCUGCUCGGCCAGCCCACCGACCUGCGCUUCGGCACCCUGCGCUUCCACAAGCACGCAGACAAUGUACACAACACCCACCCAUACCAAGUAGACGAUGCACACCUAGACCACGUAGACGACGCACACCUAGACCGAAGAGACGACGCACACCCAGACCAAGUAGACGACACACACCUCAACACCCCCGGCGUCACCGUCGAGCUCGCCCUCAGCCACGCCUUCUUCGUCGCAGACUCGGCCGAGACCCUCCCCUACCACACCUUCCGCAUGCCUUCCACCCCCUCGCUGCAGAACAGAGGCCUCCUCAGCCGGAAUCCCGACGACGCCGGCGCCUUCCCCGACUUCGACUCGUGGCUGCUCUUCACCUUCCUCAGCAGCGCCUGUCUGAAGCUCGAGGUCCCCAUCGAAAUGUGCGCCCACGUCUACGGCGGCCGUCUGCGCGGGCGCGAGAACGAGGAGGUCACCUUCUGGGGCUUCUUCGUCGACGAUGACAUGCACUCAUAG